UGGAAAUGUUUAUAUUUACGUCUUAUUGAUAUCGCGUUUUUUAUUAUUAUUAUCGUUACUAUUUUUUUUUUUCAUUGUAAUAAAUAAUAACAAUAAUUAUCUUAACGAUAAUUCAAUAAAUCACUCAAUCAUUUAAUUUAAUUUUAUUUCUAAUUGAUUAUUAAUGGUCGCUACCAUUAGAAGGUAUAAAAAAUUAAAACGGAGUCAGUUUGAAAUGACGCUUUAUAACUCGUACGGUGAAUUUGUGUAAGUGUUAACACUGAUGUGACGUACAUAUGUUAUCUUACUAUCGCGUGUAUCUGUUGAUGUAAAAGUGUGUAAGAUAUAUUUAUAUAUAUUUACAUAUAAAUAUAUAUAUGUAACAACUGAUGACAGUUUUGUUGGUCAAGACAGUUUGCAAUCGGGUGAUUUGAUCAUUGAUCGAGUCGUGACAAUUGUGCUCGUAUGUCUUAAGUGAUGAAUAUAUAUAUAUAUAUAUUUUUCUUUGGUUUUGAGAUUUAAAUAGCAAAAUUUAAGUUUUGUUGAUAUUUUAAAAAUUUAAAACGCUGAUUUUAUAAUUUCAUGUUUAUUUGUGUGAGAUUUAUGUUUAUUUACUCGGAUGCUGUGUGAUAUUUAUUUUUUUUAGAUCAAGACCAGAGUCCAAGAUGCUCCGAGGGAUAAAAAAAACAUAUCAGCAAUUACUAUGCAUAAACAAGGUGUGAUUAGAAUACAGUAUUGAGGAUAAACUUUUUAUAAAUUAUUAUCAAUUUACAUAAAAAUCGAUAAACAAUUUUUUUCUUAAGUAUUAUUUUUAAAUUCACAAAGAACAUUUAUUUAUAGUGUCGUAUUUACAAUAUUAUUAAAGUGCGUUGUGAAUAUAAGAUUGAAACAAAAGAUAACAGUUAGUGAAGAAAAAAUAAUUAUUUUAUGUGAUUUGUGCACUAAUUUUAUAAAAUACGUUAAAAACAUUUAAAGCAGGGCAUAUGGCCCUGGACUAUGGUGUUUCCAGUAUGCACCAUCCAAAUCAAUUAGAAGACGUGAGCUAUAGAAACGUCGAAAUCACGUCUGCCUUUACGCACCUGCCCCAAAAGGACAUGGCGAGGGACACGCCGGGUUCGCCGAUGUCGCGACCACGUGACCUGGCCGCUGGGGGCGCUACGGCAACCCUCACUUCCGGUGCUUAUCAUGUCUCCACCGCCGACCCACAGAAUUUGCAUAAUCACGCGCUCCAGCAAAAAAUUCUUGAGCUACAGCAGCAUCAUCAGCUCCAGCAGCAAAUACUGCGGCAGCAAUACCAAGCACAAGAGCGACAUCUUGCUGAGGUACAUGAACAUCAAUUACAUCAAUUGAAGCUCUGGGAGCAGCAGAAACAGAUCGAGGAUCAAAUGAGGGAAAAAGAGAGGAUCGAGGCGUUAAGAAAAAAAGACAAACAUGAUCACAGCGCAAUUGCUUCUACGGAGGUCAAAUUACGCCUGCAGAGUUUUCUCGUUAAUAAAAAACAGAGAGAAGCUGCAGCAGCGGCUAAUGGAGCUGUCCCUGGUACACCUGGAUACAGAAGUUGGAUACAGUCGCAAUCUGAAUCUAGUAGUUCAACGAAUGCUUCACAUCCUUAUCGAAUGCCUCAAAUGCUACAGGAAAAAUUCGGUGAUGAUUUUCCUUUACGCAAAACAGCCUCGGAGCCAAACUUGCUCAAGGUGCGACUUAAACAACGUGUGAUGGAGCGGAACAUGGCAGCGACACGAAAUUCACCCCUUACGGCACGUCGGAAGGAUCGACUCCUGUCGCAUCUCAAGCGGAAGUCACUCCUCGCAAACUCAGGUUCAAAUUCUGAAUCCGGGCCUAAUUCACCGCCAACAGGAAACAAUUCCCAAGCGAGUCCAACUGCUGGUAGUAAUACUCCAAUUCAAGAGGAAAAUGAAAAUAUACAGUACGGAGGACCUCUAACAAGUAGUAGUCAACAAGGAAGUCUUUCAGAUCUAUCAUUAUUUAGUUCACCAUCAAUGCCGAAUAUAUCAUUAGGCAGACCUCAUGUACCAUCAUCUAGUUCUUCUUCCAGUGGAUCAAAACUAGCGCCAGUAUCAGAAGCCGAAGUCCGUGCAGCAUUUACAGCACGACUAGGUAUGCCAUUAACAGGAGAAAUGUUACCUGGAACCCUGCCAUUUUAUCCAUCACUAACAGUCAUUGAGGGCGAGCCGUCAUAUAUUCAUAAGCAAAUGCAAAAUUUGGAACAACAAGGAAGUCGACAGCAUACAGUCUAUCAUAAUUCCCCAAUAACGGAUACUCAAGUAGCUCACGCAAGACUUCAUAAGGCUGGUCACCGGCCUUUAGGUAGUAGAACACAGUCAGCACCUCUACCUCUAGGUCAUCCGAUGCUCCAAGGCGGUAUAAUAGCACCUCCGACGACUCACUACGAAGAGUAUCUCGCUGAAAAGCAAUUACACGAUCAACAGCAGGCUCACAAUUAUUUGAAGCAACAGAUACGUCAAACAGUACUGACCCGAGUGGUAUCACGCAGUGGCGGGCAAGCCAAUCAGCUGGACGAGGCGCCAGAAACCGAGGAGUCUGAGGUGAUAGAUCUCACGGGAAAGAAGGAAAUCCAGGAGGAGAGUGAAAUAUCUAAACAACAACGUGAUCGCGAACAAUUUCUUCAGCAGCAACGGGAUCUUAUGAUGCGCCAUACGCUACAAGUUAACGAAAGUCCGGCCUAUGUUGGCACCAGAAAUUCACAAUCUGCUCGGCCACUGUCCAGGGCGCUGUCGAGUCCGCUUGUUCACUUAGGACCUCAGGGUACUGGUGGAGAUGUGUUUGCUCGUGGUUCACCUCACCGACCUACCACGGGACUGGCCUACGAUCCACUGAUGCUUAAACACGCGUGUGUGUGUGGCGAAACAGUAAGAGGUCAUCCAGAACAUGGAGGACGACUGCAGAGUGUAUGGGCUAGACUAUCUGAGACUGGAUUACUGCAACGUUGCGAUCGUAUUCGUUCGCGUAAAGCCACAUUAGAAGAAAUUCAAACCUGCCAUAGUGAAGCUCACACCCUUUUAUUUGGUACAAAUCCACUAAAUCGACAAAAAUUAGAUCUAUCAAAGUUAUCACCGCUGCCAAUUAAAAAUUUUGUACGAUUACCGUGCGGUGGUGUGGGUGUUGACUCAGAUACUACGUGGAAUGACCUUCAUACUGCACCCGCGGCUCGAAUGGCUGUCGGUUGUGUUGUUGACUUGGCCUUCAAAGCGGCAAUGGGUGACAUAAAAAAUGGGUUCGCAGUUGUCAGGCCGCCAGGUCAUCAUGCCGAGCCAAAUCAGGCCAUGGGCUUUUGUUUUUUUAAUUCGGUUGCUAUAGCCGCUAAACUUUUGCAACAAAAAUUAAAUACUAGGAAAAUUCUUAUUUUAGACUGGGACGUACAUCAUGGUAAUGGAACGCAGCAAAUGUUUUACGAUGACCCACGCGUGCUUUAUUUGUCAAUCCAUCGUCAUGACGAUGGAAAUUUCUUUCCCGGAACCGGUGGAUCAACAGAGUGUGGUGUUGGUGAUGGACUUGGUUACAAUGUCAAUAUAUCAUGGUCUGGUGUACUAAAUCCGCCGAUGGGUGAUGCUGAAUAUUUAGCGGCAUUUCGUACAAUAGUUAUGCCAAUAGCCAAGGAAUUUAAUCCAGAUGUUGUCAUUGUAUCAGCGGGUUUCGAUGCUGCGACUGGACAUCCACCGCCAUUGGGUGGAUACAACGUCAGUCCAGCGUGUUUUGGAAGAAUGACACAGUAUUUAUUAGAGCUUGCUGAUGGCAAAGUCAUACUUGCAUUAGAGGGUGGUUAUGAUCUUGCUGCUAUUUGUGAUUCUGCACAGGAAUGUGUCAGGGCAUUGUUAGGUGAUGAACCAACACCGAUACGUGAUGAAGAACUUACGAGGGUACCAUGUCAAAAUGCCAUUGAUACUUUACAAAAAACUAUUGCUAUUCAGAUGUUACAUUGGCCAUGUGUUAAACUUGCCGCCCAUACAGCAGCAAUGAGUGCUGUACAAGCAAGUCAAAAAGAACAUGAUGAAACAGAUACUGUAUCGGCAAUGGCUUCAUUGUCGAUGCAACAGCCAACAAAUUUAACAAAAACGCCAGAACAUUCCCGUGAAGUUUCCGAAGAACCAAUGGAACAGGAUGAGACAAAAUAAAAUAAUUUAAUAAUUAAAAAAAUAAUUGCACUUAUUGUCCGUUACUAUAAAUUUAAAUUGUUAAUAGCUAAAUAAAAAAUGGAUCUUCGUAUGAA